UGUAUUGAUUAAACGUCACUUUCAACUUUCAAGUAUCACAAACAUAUAAUAACCAUGAUCAGUGAAUUUCAAAUAAUUGUUGUUUCUAAAGUUUAAUUUAAAUUGUCUAAAAAUUCCCCUCUACUAUUGUUACUUAAAUAGAUUUAAUAUCAACUCGUUAUGAGUUUGUUCGGAGAAAUUGUUGAACCCGGCACAAGAUCUUCAUGGGAAGAUUGGGAUGAUGCAGCGGUGGAAAAUGAUACACCGGAACUCAAAUGGCCAAAUAACCUCAACAUACCUGACACAAUUGAUCUUUUCAUAAUUUUUGAUGGCAAGCGCAUAUCGGAGGCUGUAAAGUUGCAGUCUCAAGACUCCUUAGAAUUAGUUGCAACUGUAAGAGAAGCCUGUCUCCAGUUAUAUAAAAUAAAGCUCAGGAAUGCUUUUAUAUGUGUUCUCAAAGAUUACAGCUUGCUUCUAACUACUGACAUUGUGGAGCUAUUAAGAGAAUUUUUGGAAAAAAGUAAUGAAGUUUUGGUGUUAGUGAAUAAACCAAUAACGGAUUAUCACACCAAUACUGAAUCAUGCCAGUCAUGCCUUGUAAGGUCCAUGUGUACAACAAUAGGUCCAGAUAACAGAGAUGGACUCAAUUUUUCAAAAUUGGAACAACCCAAUAUUAUAUCUGGUGUGGCAGCUGGCGUUGUAACAUUAAGAGAACACCUAGAUUUACCAGCAAAGGUGGUGAUUUAUUACAUUGAAUAUUCAGAAAAUUAUCAGAUGGCGGGAUUAUACAACUACUUACAAAAACUGGAUGUCUCAAUUGUCACACACACAGUGCCAAAUAACAUUAUCAAUUCUAAUUUAUACAUUUAAUGUAUACUGUAUGUUUACUCUGAUUUUAUGCUCUUAUAAAUAAUACACACAAAUUA